CAGAAAAAUAAAAAUGCCAUUGCGACGACAUUUCCAACUAAACAGGCCUAUGAAGUGUAAAGAUAUGCACAGUUGGACUGUCCGACACAAAACGUCGACCCGAAAAUUUCCAUCAAAUUUGUGCAGGACACUCGCAAAUGCAGAAUAUGCUGCAGCUGCUGCUACAGAGCACGUUUCAUCUCGUUCGUUGGGCGGCUGCAACGCAAGCCAUCAUCUCACCAAUAGAUGGUCGUCAGACGAUGACUAUGCUUGCUGGCCGUCAAACAAGGAACAAAUUGAGUUAAGCCAGCCAAUGAUUCACCUCGGCACAGCCAAAACGGAACCGACUUCUUCUCCCCACAACUUGCCCCGGCCUUAAGCUGGAGAUGUGGGUGCAGGUAACGGAGGUGACAAUGUAACAGUCCAAGCCUGUUGUAUUUUCAGACUAAAUAAAUCCAGUUGUGAGUGGUAUUUUAGAGUGUUGGAUAUUUUUGACUCGUAAUGAUUACGUUGCUCUUGUAUAUAGAAUCUCUUUUGAAGACGUAUGUUCUUCUUGUGAGACUAUUGUUGUUGUUGACAACCACCGCCUAGAUCCACCACCCAUUUUUUACGACAAUAUUCUUAUAUCCAACGAAAACAAGAUAUUGGCGUUAUUUUCUCGAAAGGCCAACUGUAGACAAUAUGUAUGAGGAUCGCCAAGACUUUAACAAUGAUGUAUGGGACGCGAAUGAUCUGGCUCAUGAAGCAGCCGAGACGAAAGAGUUUUUAGCAGCUGUUGUAAAGCUGGCAGUCGAUGCGGUGCAGCGGCGUUUGAACGAGCCGGCGAUCUAUGUUAAGCCCAUACAAAUUGGGGGUUUCAAUAUCCAUAUCCGAAUCAAGAGCGUGGGAUCGGAUCUCAUAGUGCGCUUACCUCGUCCACACUAUGUCCAAUUUCCCAAUGAAAAAAUGGAAUACGAGGCUGCAACGGCCAUGGUCAUUCGUGAAGCGACGCCAGUUCCAAUACCACGACAACUCGAAUACAACAACAAGCAUCCUACACUUGGACCAUUUAUUAUUAUGGAUUAUAUCGAAAAUAAAGGAGACAUGGUUAAUAUACUAACGAUCCCGGGACUUGACCCAGCAAUUCCGCCUGUUCUCAAGCCUGAUAUAUCUGACGCGACGCUUCUUGGCGCGUAUUCCAAGAUAGCAUCCUGCUUGUUUCACAUCUCUACCUUGAAAUUUUCACAAAUCGGAAGCCUUUCAGAAGUAAAUAGCAGUUACUCCGUCCGCAACCGGCCAAUCACCCAAAAUAUGAACGUCAUGAUGCAACUCGGUGGCAUCCCUGAAGAGGUACUACCACCGCCAAACAAAACAUAUACAACUGCAAAUGACUGGUACGUUAUGCUGUCAGAAAUGCAUUUAUCACAGCUUCUCUUUCAACACAACGACACUAUAUUCUCGACAGAGGACUGCCUAAACAAAUAUGUGUCACGCCAGCUCUUUCGAAAUCUAGCUAGUGAAGGCAAGCUAUCAACAUUUGGCUUCUCUGACGACACAUGGUCAGCACAAGGGUUGCACAACAGGGCGACAUUACCAGCACCGGACAGAUCUACUGAUUUUAGAAUAUGGUGUGACGACCGUAGACCCGUCAACUUUCUCGUUGGCAAAGAUGGCGACGUUGCGGCCUGUGUUGAUUUCGAGUUUGCAUACGUUGCCCCGACGCAGUUCACUCUUGAUCCACCAUGGUGGCUCUUACUAGAACAACCAGAGAUGUGGGCAGACGGUAUGAAAUGUUGGAGCAAUGUUUUCGAAUCUCGAAUGCCGGUAGGGCUAGCCGCAGUACGUCAAGUUGAAAAGCGCCUCAACUGCUCUUUUCCCCUUCCCUCGCAAUAUAUGCAGGAAAGUUGGUUAACUGGGCGAUUCUGGUUAACCUACGCUGCGAGAAAGAGCUGGGCCUUUGAUGCUAUAUAUUGGAAUUUCCUAGACGAACGAUUUUUGGCAAACGUUAGGCCGGACUGCCUCUCUGGAGAACGCGCCAGCAUAGGCUCUCUCCUCGACAACGAAAACUAAUGAUGCCUUUAUUACGACGAAAGCUUGAAGAUUGCCAGCAGCGAAAACUAGUGCGGUG